CACACGCUUAACUUAACCGGAACAAACAAAAGACACCAAAGCAAAGCGCAGCAGCAGCUGUUCCAAUGCUUUCGCACAAUUGUUUAAGUGAUAAAACGAGAUGAUUUAACGGGCAACAAGGAGCGGACUUCUGGAUCCAGGCUUGGAAAAAGAAAUGAAGAUGACCGCAAAACAUUAGAUAAACAUUCAGAUUUUAUGUUUUUAUAUCAUUUUAAAGGGAUAUAUUUGCUUCACUAGGCCGUUUGGUGUUUUCUUUUAAUUGACUUGAGUUACAAUGAAGGGCUUCCUUUCCGCUUUUUUGAGCCGGAGGGAGAGGCGCUGCAGCGGCUCGGCCGGGCUGGUGUAUCCGCUCCUCGGUGCGUGUCUCUGGGCUGCGGUGAUCGGCUACAAGCCGGUGGUUAUUGUCCACGGGUUGUUCGACAGCUCGGGAGAUUUUAUAGAUCUACAGGGGUUUAUCAACGAGUCUCAUCCUGGAACAAAUGUCACAGUCAUCAACUUAUUUGACAGAAGUGCCAGCCUGCAGCCCUUGUGGAAGCAGGUGGAGGGAUUCAAGGAAGCCAUCUACCCGAUAAUGCAAAAUGCAGAAGAUGGGGUCCACUUUAUCUGCUACUCUCAAGGGGGGCUGGUGUGCAGAGGAAUCCUCUCCACUCUCUCUGACCACAACGUCCAAUCUUUCAUCUCUCUGUCCUCCCCUCAGGCCGGGCAGUAUGGAGACACGGACUACUUGAGGUACCUCUUCCCACAGUUUAUGAAGUCCAACCUCUUCCACCUCUGCUACACUGCAGUAGGCCAGAGGAUCUCCAUCUGCAACUACUGGAACGACCCCCACCACAAAGACAUCUAUGUGAACAGCAGUGACUAUUUGGCUCUGCUCAACAGCGAGAGACACAACCCGAACUCAACAGAGUGGAAGAACAACUUCCUCAAAAUCAAAAAGCUGGUUUUGAUCGGAGGACCCGACGAUGGCGUCAUCACGCCCUGGCAGUCGAGUCAUUUUGGAUUUUAUGACGACAACGAGACUGUUGUUGAGAUUCAGCAUCAAGACUUGUAUUUAAGAGAUGUUUUCGGUCUGAAGACGCUGGCAGCUCGUGGAGAUCUGAUCAUUUGCUCUGUUCCCGGCGUCGAACACGUGUUUUGGCACAAGAAUGCGACGGUGUUCCACUUGUGCAUGGAGAAAUGGCUGGUGUAGAGCCAAGCUCUUCAGGACACACUCAAGCAGAUACACACACACACCAUUACACACCCUGCAGUUUUAUCAGCCCUUAACUUUGUAAGCGUACUCUUACAGUUAGAAAUGACCUGGUAAUGGUACUCUCUGCUCGGGAGUUUUAUGUUGACGCAUCUUGUUUUGUAUGUUUAUCCUAGUAAAUACUUUAAAGGGAAUAGUUUUAUAUUUUCUGAAGUAAACUGAUUUGCUUUCUUGCAGAGAAUUAGAACUGAUACCAAAAUCAUGACUCCACUAUAUGGUAUUAGGCUACAACUAGCAGCCGGGUAUCUUCGCUGCGUAUUAAGACUGGAAAUCGAUGGCUCGGUCCAAAGCUGACAAAACCCACCGACCAGCACCUCAUAAGUGUCACCAACGUGAGCUCAGUGCCAGACAACCAGGGGAAACUCCAGGGAACGAUGGCGCUCGCAGUCAGGAAACACAACACCAUUAAAGCAACCAAAUCCAUCAAACAAACACGAUAUCACGUGUCAGCUGGUGUACUUUACAGAUGCUGGUCGACUGGUUUUAUACCUUUUUGGACAGAGUUGGUUUUUCCACCUAUUGCUGGUGUGUGUGUGCUGACUGUAGGUUAACAUUUCUUGUACAGACAUUAAAGUGUUAUUGAUCUUCUUUAUUUGGCAAAAAACGAAUUAGUGUAUUUUUAAAAACUGCUCCUUUUUAAUGAUCUCUUAAGCCGUGUUGCUUCUGUUGGACACAUCCAUCACUCUUUUGUACGUGAGCUGUCGAUUCUUUCUUAGAAAAUAAGCGCAAGGCGCCAACUGUCAGAAGCAACAAAUGUAUAUAAACUUGUUAAGUUUAACUAGGUUUAUUUUAAUGCAGUGAGCAAUGGUAUAGCACAUUAUAUAUUUAACAGAGCAAUCCAGCAAUUUGGCAUUGAUUUUUAGUAAAGUAUAGGGACUUGAGAGAAAGAAAACGGUCAAAAGUCUUUGUAGCAGCAACUGAAGACAAGACAUUUUAGUGUUUUUACAGGGAUUGUUAUUGCGCUUUAUAAAGAUAGAUGGUGUCUCUUUUUAAUUUGCAUGAAAAUGAUGCCAACAUCCAUACAGUAUUCAUCAUUUGUGUGUUUGGUGGCGCAUCGAAACCCAACGCAAUACAAGUGCCUGAGCGAGGUUGGGUCAUCGAGACUUCAUGUACAGAUUCACUGCCCUGCUCAUUGUCUUAUGACGUCAUUUAUAUGUUGUUUAUCCCAGGGGCGUCACGUCUUUCAGUGUGUACAUCAGAUCAUGAAUGUUACGUUUAUUAUCAUUUUCCUCCAGUGCUUUGCCGCUUUAGUAAAUUGAGCCUUAAGGUCUCCCGUCAUGCCUCAGUGUUUCGUGUCCCGUGCCGAAGUGCUACGACGCUCUGCCUUUAGUGAUGGUGCUAAAAAUAAUGAGAGAGAGGGGUCGCUGGAGAGUGGCAGUGUUAUAUUAGUGUUUAGUUGUCAACCAGAAUGUUGUAUGUGGCGCUCUUUUCCUCCCUCUGCGUUUAGAUAUCUCAGGCAUUAUCCUUCAUGUUUGUCCAUUUGUUGGAAAAGGGUUUGAAUCCUUUGUUGCAUUUUGUUGAUGUUGAUAUUUCUUAAACGAAGAAAAGGAAUGGAAAUACGUAACCAAAUUUAAAUAAGGGGAAAAUGAUGAUGGGAUGAUUUUAACUGUUUUGAGUUUUUAUAUUUGUUCCAUCCUUUGUUUUGUGUGCUUGUACACAUUAAUCAAUCUAACUUUGGAUUUAAGGGAUAUUCUCUGUUUAGUUCUCUUCCCAUAAAAGUUAAAUGUAUUGAUGGACAUUUUUCUAAAAACAAAAACUACUAUUUAGAUUCUUACGAUUUCUACAGUCUAUAGUUGCAUAUGAAAAUCUGUCAAACGUGUUCCUCAAUAAAAUUCCUCAAUAAAAGAUCGUUUUAAACAUUG